AUGGCAGAAGAAGAUGUCUACGAUCCCGACCUUGACCAGGACCUCGAAUUCUACGAAGGGCCAGAUCCUGCCGAGCAUGUUGGAAUGCCAGCGGAUAUAAAAGCGCCCCGAGACCCCCUUGCACUUCAUGAUAUUGGGUGGCGGCGUCGUCGGAAACGAUGGUUGGACAAGGUCUGGACGUGGAAUGAACCAUUGAAUCCGAUGUAUGAAGGUGUAAAAAUUCUCUCAAGCCAGGGCGAUUGUUUAGUAGGCCUUUGGAGAGCGGAAACGCAAUUUGGGCAAAAGAAUAUAAUUGUCAAGCAACGUCCUCGCUCGUGGCGUGAUUUGAAAGACCCGAUGGGACAAAAGUUGUCAGACGAGUCAAAGCAUUAUGAGAAUUUACAAUCGCUACUUCCACCUGGUCACAACCAUCAUAUUGUGAAGCUCUUCAAGCAAGCCUGGGUAGAUGAAGGGAAAAACUAUUUGAGCCAGGACGUGGGGCAAGUGGAAAGAAUGAUAUUGGAAUAUUGUAAUGGUAGCCUCGAUGAUUUAAUAAGUUGGAACGUUAGGCAUCAUACGAAAGUCUCCGAACGAAGCUCGUGGGAGAUCUUUCACUGCCUUGCUCGGAGUCUACUUAUCAUGAAACACGGUAACGAAAAUCCGGCUGAUUACAGUCGACAAUAUGACCCUAUGGGCAACGAUCUCAACAUUGUCCAUUUUGAUCUCAAUCCACAAAAUAUAUACAUCAAGAAGUUCCCGCAUCCAACACAUUCAAGAGAUAGAGGCUAUGUGCCUGGUUCUUUUCGACAAGCGGCUAAAAUUAAGAUUCCUCAAAAUGAAGAAUACCAUCGAAAACAUUGUAAUUUAGGAAAUAUCAAUUCGCGUGCCCCAGAACAAUUGCGCGGGCGUGAUAUGAGGGACACAAGACCAUGGUUGCAAAGUCGGGUCAUUUAUCACAAGGCUGGUAAAGAUAAUACACUUCAAUCGGUCGUCUAUACAUCGAAAACGAAUGUCUGGCAAGUUGGUCUGAUCAUGUUCUGUAUAAUUCACUGUAGGACAUCGGUGAAUUGGAACGAUCUUGAAGCAAAGAGAAGUCAUGGUACACCUAGACUGGUUUAUGGAGGGCCUACUAUAAUGACCAAAACUCAUCAAUGGCAGAGGGUGAGCAAGGAUCUGGAACUUCCAUACAGUCGAAGCUUGCUAUAUGCUAUCUACGAAUGUCUUUUGAUUGAGCCCCCAAAUCGUCCAGAUGUUGCAACGUUGUUUGAAACGACAAGGGCCGGCCUUGCUCAGGCUAACAUUGAAGCUGGCUUGCCUCCACCGGAUUUGGCGGCCGCUCAACCUGCCGCUCAACCAGAACCAGAACCUGCACCAGCUGCACCAGCUGCACCUCUCGCUCCUCAGCAAGUACCUCUUCCAGCAGCUCCCCCCGAGCAAAUACAUCCUCCAGCCGUCCCUCGAGUGGCUCCCGUUGUAGAGAAUCCAGAAUUAGACCUUGACCCCGGACCACCAGAACCCCGUCUAGGACCUCCACCAGCACCCCUACAGCCACCUCAUGAUCCUCCAGCCCCCAACCAACAAGCAGCAGAGCCAGCGCCCCCACAACAAGAACCACCUGACCGUCCCAACGUAAUUCGAGCCGAAAUUCCUGACCCCCGAGCAGCAGUAUAUGCCGAGGCCGACGAGCAUCUUCCUGCCUACCAGCUCGAAGCCCCCGAAGGCGAAGUCAUGCUGCAGCCCGAAUGGGGCGCAGGCCUCGAGCGUCCAGCACCCAACUAUCCCGAGCCUCCCGUUUACGAGGAGUAUAUGCAGGCUCCAGCCGAACCUCAACCUCAUCCCGACCCUGAUAUUCCACAGCCUAGAAAUCAAUUCCCACCGAGACUCCCCGCCGCAGCCCCUCGUGCUCCACUACUUCCUCCAGCUCCGCGUCAAAUUCAACUCCCCCUUCUCAAUCUCCCCAGAGGUCUCCAACUAAGACCCGAUAAUCCCGUACUCAUAGCCGUUAUCCCCCCUGAAUAUCUCCCCUCUAUCCUCAUCUGCCACGUUAUAGAAAACGAUCUCUUCCACCGACAAAUCGGUAACAUAUACCUACAAAAUUUACGCCUAACACGUCAUUUUAUGAAAUCAAAUACAUGCUGGUGGCUGAGGGAUUAG